CCCAGGAGAUCCGGCCCGCAACAACACGAUAUUGCAUAUCGGCCUUGCACUUGCACUGCGCUAAAAGGAACUUGCAGAAUUGACAACUCAGAGUCCCCCUUUAGACUUUACGCUGCUGUUAUUGGUCCUUUGAAAGUCAACAGAGAAUCCGCCGCUCGCCCAGCAGCUAGAAGAAAAUUCAAGGACCCUGGUAACUACUACAGCAAAUCUGAGGAAGUUGAAGAAAACACAAAUCUCUGAAUCUCAACUUUCUGAGAGUCGAAGUCCGUUCAAGUUCUGGUUGCUGUUUUUUUGUCCUCUCUUUCAAACGAACUGCACAAACAUCAUCUCACAAUGUCUGGUCAAACUCCCGCUUGGAAGAAAUUGGGCUUGAAGCUCAAGCAGCCAUCGGAUGCAUCUGAGCCCAGCUUUGGGCACCCAUCCAGCAGUACAAGCACAAGCAUCCAGUCAAGUACAAAGAGAAAAUACGACGCCCCGCCACCUUCCAAUUCCUCCCAGGUUGCUAAGCGACCACGUCAGGAUGAAGCCACAACCAGUCGGAAUCCACCAGGACAGUUAAAGAGGCAGAAGUCAGUCACCUUUGCCGAUGCGCCAUCCAACAACCACUCUGCCAGGACACCAUCAAGGCCCAUUAAACAGAGCAAGGCCAAGAGCAAAGGCCCCGCAAAGAAACCUCAGCCCCAGGUCCCUACUGAUCUCAAGCCUGCGCUUGAAUACUUGAGGCUCUGGAAGACAGCUCGCGAUAGCUGGAAGUUCAACAAAAACCACCAAUCAAACCUCAUCAAGCACGUUUUCGAUGCCGAUGGAAUCCCCGCCUCUGACAUUGAAACCUUCUACGACUACAUCCAAGACUUGAAGGGCUUUGUGAGGAUGCGACUGCUGGAGAAUGCUCGCGAGGUUAGGGAUCAGGACCAAUCGGACGGAGCAAAGGUGUUCCCUGAGGGAACCAAAAACCUUGAGGCUAAUCAACAACGAUAUGAGGAGGUCCUUGCUAAAAUUCUUGAAACCCACCCAGUGGGAACUAAGAGAAAGGGCUUCACCGAGGUUGAUUACCUCUCGGACUCAGAAGAAGAGGGUGUCAUCAUUCGCCGACUUGUGAAGCGCAUGAGAGCUGAGCUUGUCAUUGAUGAGAUUUCCGAUGGCGAAGCCACUGAGGCCAGCAUCGCAUCAUCACAGACCAUCACUGCAAGCGAUAAUAACGUCACAUCAACUACAGAUGCAGAGAAGACUGUGAAGAUCGCCGACAGCGCUCCCGGAAAACGUCGACGAAAGCUCCGUGUGAAUGUCGAAGACAGCGAUUCCAGCAGUUCCGAGUCAGACUCGGACUCUGAUUCAGAUGGUGAAUCCGACACCAGCAGCAGCGGGAGCUCGUCAUCGUCCGAGGACGAAUCUGAGAAUGAGGCCCCGGCACGAGCUUAUCGACAGCCCGGCGAGGAAGAUUCAAGCGAUUCCUCGUCUUCCUCGGAUGAGUCAAGCUCUGGCGACAGUUCGAGUGAGGAUGAUUCAGACUCUGAGUGAGGAUUAUGAUACCCGUCUUUGACGACACAGGAUUAGGACGAAGGGGGAGCCGGAUAGACCGUAAAACCAUGUUCGCAGACUAAUUUUAUCGACAUACCUACGCAUCAUGUUUCAAUGCAUGUCUAUGGCAUACUUAUUUGUGGACGGAAAAAGGGCUCUGAUGAGCGUUGCAAUAGUAUAUGUUAUUUAGAGAUUAUUGUACUCAUUUAAGCAUACAACUUGGUGAACCCCUCGUUUGGUGGUUGAAGCCAAUUCUUAUCAUCAUAG